CACUCUUCCUCAAACACACACCAACCAUCAGCAGCGUCUGACGGCUGCAUCCUUUGCCGUAGCAACGCCGCUGCUCCUUCCUCCUCCUCCUCCUCUUCCUCGGCUGCAUCUGACAUCCAGGACCGCAGGACUCUUUUGUGUCUCCACGGGGGCCGUUGUCGUCUCUCCCCUAUUGUUUUUUUAUUCAAAGGAAAAGAGAAAAGAGCAUGGACAUGAUGGGCAACAAAGAGCGACGAGGCGUGAAUCUGAGAGGCUUGCUGAGGAGGAACUGGCUGCUGAUAGCCACCGUUGUAUCAGUGGUGCUCGGAAUCGCUUUGGGCAUCCUGGUCAGACAGUUUGCACCCCUCUCCUACCUCGACACGCAGUAUUUUGGCUUCCCAGGAGAGAUCCUAAUGCGAAUGCUGAAGCUGGUCAUCCUGCCGCUCAUCAUUUCCAGCAUGAUAACAGGUGUUGCAGCCCUGGACUCCGAGGUGUCAGGAAAGAUAGGUCUACGAGCUGUUGUUUAUUACUUCUCAACAACAGUCAUUGCAGUUAUUCUUGGAAUUAUUUUGGUGAUGACUAUCAAACCUGGAGUCUCUCAGACAGCUGACAACAUUGACAGAACUGGGACCACGCCUGACGUCACGACAGUGGACACACUGCUGGACCUUGUCAGAAACAUGUUUCCAGAAAAUCUGGUGCAGGCUUGUUUUCAGCAGUACAAAACUAAACGCACAGAGAUGGAGCCCGUGAACGAUUCAGUCAACACCACCACAAUCCCACCUCUUACAACUACUAUCAAGGCAGCAGUGGAGAACAUCACUAAGGAGUACAUGAUCGUCGGCUCAUAUUCGGAUGGAAUGAACAUAUUGGGGCUUAUCGUGUUCUGCGUUGCUUUUGGCCUCAUCAUUGGGAAGAUGGGAGAAAGGGGUCGCAUCCUCCUGGAAUUUUUUGACGCCCUGAAUGAAGCAACCAUGAAACUGGUCCAGAUUAUUAUGUGGUACAUGCCCAUAGGAAUCCUGUUCCUCAUUGCUGCUAAGAUCAUUGAGGUGGAAACUUGGGAUAUCUUCAGGAAGAUGGGCCUUUAUAUGGUGACGGUGCUGACUGGGUUAGCUAUCCACUCCCUCGUCUGUCUACCACUGAUCUUCUUCAUCAUCGUAAGGAAGAACCCGUAUACGUUCACACUGGGAAUGGCCCAGGCUCUGGUGACGGCUCUCAUGAUCUCCUCCAGCUCGGCUACCCUGCCCGUCACCUUCCGAUGUGCCGAGGAGAACAAUCGCAUCGACAAGAGGAUCACCCGCUUCGUCCUCCCAGUGGGUGCCACCAUUAACAUGGACGGGACGGCGUUGUACGAAGCGGUGGCCGCCAUCUUCAUUGCCCAGCUGAAUGACUAUGCUCUAGAUGUGGGCCAGAUUGUUACUAUCAGUAUAACAUCAACAGUUGCCAGUAUUGGAGCAGCAGGAGUGCCUAACGCCGGGCUUGUCACCAUGGUGAUCGUCUUAACAGCUGUUGGACUACCUGCAAAUGAUGUCACUCUGAUAAUGGCUGUGGAUUGGCUGCUGGAUCGGUUCCGCACCAUGAUCAACGUGCUCGGCGACGCUUACGGAGCCGGCAUCGUUCAGAAACUCUCCAGGAAGGAAUUGGAGAGGAUGGAUCUGACGUCGGACGUGGAUGUCGCCAACCCUUUUGCUCUGGAAGCCACUUUGGAUGAUGAAGAGUGUGAGAAGAAAUCCUACGUCAACGGAGGCUUCACCGUCGACAAGACAGAUGCAAUCUCCUUCACGGAAACCUCCCAGUUUUAGCCUCUGGCUGGAUCGGAGGAGCAGAAAGUGCCACGCUGCUAUGGAUGUAAUGCAACCUUCCAAUAUCUAUCAACACCGUGAUGAAAGAGUUUAACUAUCCAACUAGAUCCAUCCAAGCUCCGACGUCAGGAAUAGCAGCCUCCAUUAAGCUUACCCAGGACGUUUGCCCUUCAUGUUGGACAUUUACAACCACCACUAGAUUAAAGUGCUUCCUUCUGAAACUCAAAUUGUGCCAAGAUUAAGAAAUGUCAGUUUUCUUUUGAAUAAGAGUGUGUCAAAGAAGCACUCGAAAGAAGAGCUGUUUGUAUGUGUGAGUGCGCGCAUGAGGAUGUUCUUUUUGGAUGUAUAUGAAGGGUGUGGAUGUGUUUUGCAAAAAAAUAAAGUGUCAAUUAAAUACUGUUAUAAAAUAUAUAACUUUGAUCCUUAAUCAGACAGUAAUACUCAAAUAUGUCUUAAUGAACCUUUUUGGGUGGCUGUUGUUGAAUGUCUAUGUCCCAUAAUGCACUGCUUGUAUAUUAAUAUCUAUAUUUAAACUGUGCCAAACAUACAAAGAGUUUUUCCACCAAGUUGCAUGAAGCAAUAUGUUAAAGAAACGCUGAUCGCUGGCUGCUGACUCAUUUUCUACGGGGACUUCACAGAGACUGGAUACAGAGGCUUAUGAAGUCAUUGAUCACUGUGAAAUUUGAGGACUUUUUUUCCGGAACCAAACCACUAACAUUUAUCGAUGCAUUGCAAAUAUAAUGAAUAUAAAUUGUGUCUGUGUUUAAACAGCGUGGGCAAAAAUUACAGUAUAUUAUAGAUCUCAAAAUGUACCUUCUCAACCAAGGCUAUUAUAAUUGUCAGUUAAUGGAUUUAUGUGUUGAAGAUCAGAUAAUCAGUGUGUCUUUCAAAGUGCUUUAUCACAAGUUGACUGCAAUAUUUUCACUGUGGUCUAGGAUAGAAAUACGCUCUUAAACCAAUUGUGGCUCUGCUAAUACAUGUGCUAAGAAGAUUUAGCAGGUUAGCAACAUGUUUGUUGAAAGACAACAAAACACAUUUGGUCAGCUGUUAAAAGAAAGUUCGACAUUCUGGAAAAUGCUCAUCUUUAUAAGAAAACGUGAGGUGACAAGAAGAUAAAUAUCAUCUUCUUCUUGCAUGUUAAAUUUGGCACUAACGGCUAGUUAAAGUUAGCAAAAGGGCUGGAAGAAGAGCGCAACAGCUAGCCUGACUUUGGCAUCAAAUGUACCGCAGCUCUGAAAUGAAACUGUCAUUUUCACAUUUCUGUGAACGGAUUCAAGAAACAAGAAAAAUAAGUUAAUUUGAGAGGUUCUUACAUUGAUUGGUAGACAUGCUUUUGUACUUUUCUGUCUUUAAGCUAAGCUAAGCUAAGAGCGUCUUUCAAGAGUUAGCCACAACAGCUUCUAAUUUUACGGUUUCUUUUCCUCUGACAACUACUUUAAAAAAAUUAAAUGAUGGAAAAUUCAGAACAGCAUUGUCACUUGUAAGGCCGGUGUUAUACUUUCCAUGAGUACAGAAGGGAUUUUAUGUCAUUACUGACUGCUCUACAAGGGGCAAUAGCGCACAUGUUUGGGGCUAGCAUGUAUGAACAGAAUACACAGAUAUGACCUACUGCGCAUGUAUGCCUUAAAGUCUUUCAAGCAGACUCCUCUUGAUGGAAAAUUAGUAGAAAUCAUUGAUUAAAAUGAGGUGCAAACAAGCUAAUGGACAGAUGCGGAUGUCUAACUGUUGCUAUUAUUCUACUUUCUGGUCCAAAGGAGUCUGCUUGUAAGACACGGCUGCAUAGAUGUGCAGUAGGUCGCAUCAACGACCUAUUGUAUACUACUGGGUUGUAGCAUGGCCACCAUGAAUUUUGGCUAGACAUGCAGAUGAAGUUCUUGCCGAAUUUGAAAGAGGAUGAAAUUUGGGCUCUUGUGUGCUCACGGGCAUGAAAAUAUAACCUAUAACACUAACCCUAACCCCACCAGAGUAUAAUCUAUGCUUAAAAGUUCAAAAUGCUGACAUCCAGUUUGUAGCCAAGUCACAGGACCACAAACCUUGAAGUUACUUAACCAUAUAAACCAGUAUGACUUAUCUACACAGCUACGUAAUGAAAACAAAACUUUACUGGCACUUUGUGCAGCAAUUAACCUGCCAUGAUCUUUUACAGCUACAUCUUUUGUCAUAAUUUCCCGUCACGGCCACAAAACAAUAUACUAAUCAAAGCAGAUCAUCAGCAUAGAUGGUAAUCAGUCCACCACAGAUGCAGUUGUAAUAGCUAACCAGCAAGAUACCAAAGCAUUUCUCUUUAUCAUUUACUCUGUGCUUCUCUGUAUCUGUUGUGUAUACUUCAAGCCAACAUGCCUAGUUAGCUCCUCACUAGCCUAAUGUGGGCGCAAGCAGUUGUGGUAAAAGAAAACACAAAAGACUGUAAAUUGAAAUGUCAAAAUGUUGCAAAUGAAAAAAUACCCCUUUUAUCAGGUUGGGUUGUGAUUGGCUAGUUGCACUGUCACAAUGCAUGGGUGAAAAAUGGCUUAGAAAUAAAGCUAAUUGUGCUAGUGGCCCAUAAGGCUACUAAUGUUCACAGAAUCCCACAAUACUAACGUGUUGAGUAAAACUGAAUAGGAUGGUUUUGCUGUUCUCGGUGUCUCAUCAAUGGAAGGAUAAUAGUGUUGUACUAAAACCCGAUGCCACAGGAAAAGCCAGGAGAGCAAUAAAAUCAGCAGGAUGUGGGAGUUCAGUUUGCCAAAUGAAUGACGAGAAUCAAAUAACUAGAAUAAUUCUGUUUUGUUUUCUCAGAUUCACAUGAUUGAGUUUUAGACUGUUGGUUGGAGAAAACAAGCAACAUUUACAAGCAUUUUCAGACAGUUUUCAAUUAAAUUAUUGGUUGACAUUUUUUGAUUAUAAAAACACUAUUUUUUUGUUUAUCUUCCUGAGAUAUGAGUGGACAUCGGAGGCUCCAUAACAAAAGACAGAAAGACUCUUAUAGGAAGCAACAGUGCGUUCCAUUAAUGUUGAGCUAAUUUAGCCGUUAUAUUUGAACAGGAGGAAUUUGGUGGCAAAUUGGCUGAUAACUUUUGAAAAGCUUUCUUACAAAGUUGGUUUGCUUUGAUGUAAAUGCCAUAAAUGUCUGCACUCGCAGUAUAUUAAUGCUCCCUGGCUGCACUGUUACUUGUGAUGCGCUCUUUUCCUCUUGUAUGUCGCUGUUUGUAACCGAGAGCUGUGUGUUUGACUCCAAGCAGCAGCUGCAUAUAGAGAGGUCUGCACAUGCACAUCCAGUGCUUCAGCUUGAAAUUUGUGGUUGUUUAAAAGGUGGAUUUGAAAUGACAAUGAUAAGGAACUAAUAGUGGUAUCACUGAGUCAUUUCUCCAGGAUUUGAGGCAAAUACUUUUCCAAUCUCCGGCCAUAAAAGACAAGAAUCCAUGACAUGUUGGCGUACUAUACAUGCUACCCGAUGUCAGAUCUACAUCGAAACAACCUGUUUUUAUGUGUACUUUUAGUUUGCACUGAAAAAGCCUCAAAGAACAAUUAAAAUGUGGAAAAAUCUUGGAUUUUUGCACAUAAAGGUUUUAGGCUGAGGUUGAGCCCAAUGCAGACCUGGUGAAUAAAUAAUGGCGUACAUGAAUCAUGUGAGCUUGUGGCAAACCAACAGCUAAUAUUCACACAAUGGUUGUUUCUUUAAGCUUCUACUUGGUAGUUUGUUGGAGUAGUUUACAGCACAAUACCAUCCUGUACAAUGUGGUCCAUUCAAAGCUGGAAUUUUUCAGUUAGUUGGACGACUAAUUUUGGUUAUCACUCCAGAAACUUUCUUUGCUUCGUGUACUGUACUUCUGCCAAAACACAAAGCUCUCGUGUAUCAGUGCUACUAGCUACGCUGGGAUGGAUUGUUAGCAGCCGCAAAUGCAACUCUGCUUCAUCAUCAAUCAAGUUUUUUGUAGAUGUUUUGAUAGAUUUAUGGUCUUGGAGUGUCCAUUUUCAGAACAAUAAAAAGGUUCCAGUACAUAAUGGUGUUUACAGAGUGCUAUCAGGUUUUAUUUGACCACAUCUUUGAAAAUAACACAUCUUGCCUGAGUUUCUUGCUUGAGCUUUUUGUUUCUAAGAGUUCAGAAUUUCAGAAUCCAUCGCAUCUGGAAGGCUGCUUUAGCCUCCGCAUCUUGAUUAGUCAUCAUCUACACUGCCAGAGGGGCCAUGUUUGAAAGGAAAUAUGGGUGAAUGAAGGUGCUUGUUUGUUAUUCUGUAUAAACAUGCAGAUAAAGCCUCUCAAAUCAGGUUGUAUUCCACAUUUCAAAAGCACACUACGAUCCAACCAUCCUACCGACCGACCCUUCUCUGUACCUACAGUAUGUGAAUCGACAUGUACUACAUUACGUGUAUGCAAGCAAAUAAAAGAAAGUUGCUCAUUA